AUGGCCGUGUCCGAAGUUCUGGCAGUCAUCCAAUGUAUCAAAGUGAUCGGAGGCAUUAAAGAAGUCAAUGGAGAAGAGUAUGGAGUUUAUGUCAAAAGAAUCUUACCAGGAGGCAUUGCUUAUGCUGAUGGCCGCUUGCAACCAGGUGACCAAAUCUUAGAAGUGAAUGGAGACAGUCUGAUUGGGGUCACAAGCGAGAGGGCUGUGGAUAUUCUCAGGACAGCUUCCGCCACCAGCCGCAUGCGCCUUCUCAUCGCCCGAGAUGACGAUGCUCGCUGCUCCAUCGACACCGGGAUCCAGAGCAUCUCCAUAGCACGGUCCGCUGGGUUGGGGUUGACCAUCGGUGGAGGGGCCAACAGACCCGACGGGCCCAUGGUGUAUGUCCAAGAGCUUCAGCCGGAAGGUGACUGCUGCAGGGAUGGGCGCCUGCGAAUGGGCGACCAGCUGAUCGCCAUCAACAAAGACUCACUGGUGGGUGCCACGCACGAAGAGGCCCGAAGGAUCCUUGCAAAAUCUAAAUUCAGACACGAGGGAAUCACUGAAGUGGCCUUCAUUCCUGGAAGGGGACGGUUGCACCCGGGGCUCUCUGCUCACAACAACACCCAUUCCUCACCCACCAAGGCUGUAGGCAACGGCCUGGGCUUGGGCCGGUUGAAAGUCCACGUAAGAUCCCCUGAGCGAGCAGCUCCAGCGGCCAAGCCCAAAGUGGCCCUGGAUCCCCAUAUCCGCCUCAAGGACGACAAACUUGAACUGAUGCUGCAGUACCUGAGCCUGGACAUGAGUGAGGACAAGAAGAGGCAAUUGCAUCAGAGCCUGACCACAGACUCACAGGGGACCGUGUCCUAUGGAGACUUCCUCCAGGCUCUCCGGGAUCUGCUGCCAGAGGAGCAGGAGGACGCCAGCCUCAGUUCCAGUUCCGUGCUCUUCACCCAGCAUGAAGUGGCCACCUUACUGGACACUUCAGCUUUCCAUUCUCUGACCUGUGACUCCAUCAGCUGCAACGACAACGAAGAGCUAGAGCAGCUGCAGCUGGAAACUGCAGACCUGCGACAAGAGGUGCGGAGGCUAAAGUCUCUCCUGAAGGAGGUGGAGAGCACCAAGAAGUCCAUGGAAGAUGAGCUUCAAAGACUGAACCAGAAGGCACUGGGGUUCCUCUCGGAGAACCGAAGCCUGCAGAGCAAGCUGCAGGUGGCUGAGGUGUCCCAGCGGCAGGCACACAGCGCAGAGCAAGACUACGAGGAAGUGAUCCACCUGCUGGAGGCAGAGAUCGCUGAGCUGAAAACGCAGCUUGCGGGGAAGAAGGCCAAGCGGGCUUCCGAGACAGAGACCGAUAUCCUAGAGCUGAAAAAGCGUCUGUCUUUGCUUGAUGGGCAGCUGAGAAAAUCUGAGGUUACCCGGAAAUGCCUGGAAAUCUACAACAGGAAGCUGCUCUUGUUCGUACAGAAUGCCCAUAAGCUUUUGAGCACACCCUGUGCACUACCGGAGGAGAAGAGAGCUGACAGUCAAGCAGACGAGGACAAAACAGGGAGAACCACAGAGACGCCUCUUCAGUCUCCAGAUCUUGCGGGCCUCUUGAUCGCAGAGGCAAAUGAAUUGCUGGAGCCGAGCACCUUGUCUAACACUCCACAGGACGCUCUCCUGCAGGACUGGGAUGGCUGCCCAGCUGGGGACGGUGCCCCGGACUGCCGAGAUCACCUGCACCAGAAGACAACAUGGCCCCUUCCUCCAAGCCAGAGCAGUGACGAUGACCUGCAGUCCACCAGCAUCUUCCAGGAUUCUUCUGAGAAGCCUGCAUAA